CAAAAUGCAAAUGACAAAAUGCAAUAUUGAGUCAACAUGUGAAAAGAUGAGGUGUGAAUGAAUUAUCAGUGGUAGAAUUAAAUAAGCUGUGCUUCUUCCUACUCCUUUUUGGACAUGAAACACAAUGAACAACAACAACAACAAACUCAAAUAAUUGUGGAAAUAAACGGAAAAAUAUCGAUACCAUCACACAAGUAUCGAUCCAACACUUAUACUAGCCUUGGUGCCGAUUUGAUCGAUAUUUGGAUAGACCCUCCUCCGCUAUUAAACACCGUAGACAUGACCGAAGGGUUUUGUUAUCAGUAGUUAAUGUGCUUUGCUGUCUUUAUUCAAGUCGAUGUGUGUGGUGUCCCCACUAGCAGUGAGUCAGGGCCGAUGUGUGCGCGAGCCGUCCAAUGAGAAGCCGCCCUGUUGGCCCUCCAGGCAUCCCGUCAUGCUUGUGGGCUCAGCUGCGCUACGUCAGCACUGACACAGAAACAUGGCGGUGUCAGGAGCACGGCGGCGAGCUGCUUACGGAGUGUUAUCGCUGCAAGCUUUUCUUAUCGCGCUGCUGUGUCACCGAGGCGUCGCGGAUGUGACAGGCGACAGUGGUGCUGCUGAUGGUGCCGCCGAUACGGACGGGGCUCCACACCGUCGCUUCGAGUACAAGUACAGCUUUAAAGGGCCGCACCUGGUUCAGCAGGACGGCGGUAUUCCCUUCUGGAUCCACUCUGGCAAUGCUAUUCCCAGUACAGACCAGGUGCGCAUCACGCCGUCCCUCAAGAGUCAGAGGGGCAGCGUUUGGACCAAAAACAAGGCGGCCUUUGAACACUGGGAGGCUGAGGUGACGUUCCGUGUGUCCGGAAGAAACAGAGUGGGAGCCGAUGGUUUGGCCAUCUGGUUCACCGAGGCCCAAGGCCUAGAUGGUCCAGUGUACGGCGGAGCCGACAAGUGGAACGGGGUCGGGAUUUUCUUUGACUCCUUUGACAACGAUGGAAAGAAAAAUAACCCAGCUAUCAUUGUUAUGGGAAACAAUGGCAACCUUGUUUUUGACCACCAGCAUGACGGCAGCACACACGCUUUGGGGACGUGUUUGCGUGACUUCCGCAACAAGCCGUAUCCCGUCCGAGCCAAAGUAACGUACUACAAGAAGACCUUGACGGUUAUGAUCAACAACGGUUUCACCCCAGACAGAGACGAUUAUGAGUUCUGCGCAAAGGUGGACAACAUGACCAUUCCCCCUGAGGGCUUCUUUGGCAUCUCUGCGGCAACCGGCGGUUUAGCAGAUGACCAUGACGUCUUGUCCUUCUUGUUGUUCAGACUCACAGAACCGGGCAAGACGCCGCCCAAACCUGAGACUGAGAUUCCUAAAGAAGAGCAGGACAAGUACCAAGAGGAAUUCCAGAACUUUCAGCAAGAGCUGGUCAAAAAGAAAGAGGAGUUCCAGAAAGAGCACCCUGAUGUCGUAGGAGAACCAAUCGACGACCUGUAUGAGAGCGUCAACGACCGAGAGAUCCGUCAGGUGUUCGAAGGCCAGAACCGCAUCCACCUGGAGAUCAAGCAGCUCAACAGGCAGCUCGCUAUGAUUCUGGACGAGCAGCGACGCUACGUAUCCGUCAUCACCGAGGAAAUCUCCAAGAAGGGAUCGAACAGCGGGACAGGGCAGCUGGACGUGGCCGCUCAGCAGCUGGCCACAGUGGUCUCCUCCCAACAGGACAUUCUCAGGAACCUCAACGAAUUUAGGAACUCUUUCUACGAAUCGCUGAAGCAGAUCGGCUCGGCCCAGCAGGUUGGCACGGGGGGCGGGGCAGCAUACGACAACAUUCAGCAUUUCAACAGCAUAAAGGAGCACCUGCACGUGGUCCGGCGUGACGUGGAGCAGCUGGUGCAGCGCAGCGCUCAGAACCCGGCUGAGAAGGCCAUGAAGUGCCCAGAGUUGCCUCCUGUACCUUCCUGCUUGUCCACUGUCCAUUUUAUAGUCUUCAUCGUGGUCCAGUCGGUUCUGUUCUUGUGCUACAUCAUGUACAAAAGCCAACAGGAAGCAGCUGCCAAGAAGUUCUUUUGAUGACAAAUUAAUUUAAACCAAUGAGGGAAUGUCCAUUUUGGGUGAUUUUUUGAUUGUUUUUUUUUUUUGCCUUGAUUUUUAGUUUUUUCUUUUAAAAAUUUUGUAAGUUAUUAUACCAGGAAAAAAUUGGGUUUUCGUGAAGAAUUUAGUUUUAAUAAAUUGUUUUCAGAUUCUUGAUUUGGGAUUGUAAAAGUUGUUUACGACGAAGGAGACACAGCUUGACGAAACCUGACAGUAUUUUCACUUGGUCACAACGUUUGGAUUUUGUUCCGAGAAGCCUGCCUCCGUUUGUUCCCAGUCUUCAAUGCUAACGAUAACAAACCUGUGUUUUUUGAAAUGUGUAAUUUUGUAUGAGUAAACUUUAAAAAAUUGUCAGAAUCUGACGUAUUGCUGGAAAAAAAAUCCAUAAAUAUACAAAAAAAACCUUGGGUCGACUCAUUGUUUUACUUGAACAGAACUGAGGAAGUCGUCACUAGUCUAUGAGGUGACCCAACCAGAGCAGACUACAAUGAACUGGUUCAUUUCUAGAGAGAUUUUCUACAGCGAUGCGGCGAACUAGCGGCCUAAAAGAGCAACUGAGGUUUAUGAGGACUGCUGCCAAGGUACUGCAGCUUCAGCAAAGUAAUAGCUCGAAUAUGUGCAUG